AUGAAGGACGAGGUUAUAAGCUCUUCAGGGGAUCCGCUAUUGCCCCCCAGAUCUUCUUCUCCGCCUCCUAUCCACACUCCUGCUGCCAGUUCUGUAGGGGCAUCAUCUCCUGCCUUUCCUACAAAUGCUGGCAGCACGGACUGGUUCGGUCAAGUGCAGAACUCGAAAGGGGGUUCUCUUUCUCGCGUUGGGUCACAGCCCAUGUGGACUUCUUUGAGCACCAGUGCUGGUGAUUCUGCUCUUGGAUCAUCUCAACCUUCUUGCAGACCAUGGGAAAGAGGUGAUUUACUGAGGCGUCUCUCAACGUUCAAACCUGCCAAUUGGUUUGGAAAGCCCAAGGCUGCUAGUGCACUUGCCUGUGCCAGAAGAGGAUGGGUGAGCGUGGAUGUUGAUAAAAUUAAAUGUGAAUCUUGUGGCGCGAGUCUAAAAUUCAUUUCAUCAGCUACCUGGACUCCUUCUGAAGCUGAUAUUGCUGGGGAAGACUUCGCCCAGAAACUAGAUGGCGGGCAUAAAGUUAACUGUCCGUGGGUAGGAAAUAUCUGUGCAGAAAGCUUGGUUCAGUUCCCUCCUACUCCACCAUCAGCAUUGAUUGGUGGUUAUAAGGAUCGUUGUGAUGGACUAAUGCAGUUCCCUUCCCUGCCCAUUGUGGCUGCUUCUGCAUUUGAGCAAAUGCGAGUUUCUCGGGGUCCAGAAAUUGACCGGCUUUUAUCUCAGUUUCAGUUUGCGGGCAAUGAAUUGGGCUUUAAGCUGGAGAUUAUAUCAGGGACUGAAAAUGCCAGAGAUGAUAUCUUCUUCUUAUACUCUCGUGCUCAAAAGUUGAUAAGCCUGUGUGGAUGGGAACCAAGAUGGCUUCCAAAUAUUCAGGACUGUGAAGAGAAUUCUGCUCAAUCAGCCAGAAAUGGAUACUCGACUGGUCCUUCAAAAAAUCGGGGUCUUCUGUCUGACCUUGACCGUGGCAAGAAGAAAUUGUUUGCUUCCACAAAAAAAGAUUAUGGCAUAAAUGAAGUUAUGGCUCCCAAGUCAAAAUCCGUGUCCAGGUCACCUUUAUUGGAUUGCAGCUUAUGUGGAGCCACAGUUAGAAUCUGGGACUUCCUCACUGUUGUACGUCCUGCUUCUUUUGCUUCCAAUAGCAGCGACGUUCCUGAAACUAGCAAGAAGAUGGCAUUAACACGUGGAGUAAGUGCGGCAAGUGGCAUCAGUGGAUGGGUUGCUGUGGAUGGGAUGGAGAAGGAGCAGGUAGAGGACCAUGAUGAAGCUGCAACAAACGGAGGGAAGUCAUUGUCAAACAUCGGGGUGGAUUUAAAUCUUACAAUAUCUGGUGGGUUAUCCUCUUCGCGGUUGCAGAUGAACGUUAUGUCUGAACAAUACCAAGAUGCGCCUAGAGGAAGAAAUUUAGUGAUUGGACAGCCUUCGAGCAGCGAGGUUGGGGAUCGUGCAGCUUCAUAUGAAUCAUGUGGUCCUAGUUCUCGCAAGCGGAACUUAGAUGAAGGUGGAAGUACAGUUGAUAGGCCAACAUUAUUGAUGCAACAUGUUGACAGUAUUGAAGGCACUGUCAUUGACCGUGAUGGUGAUGAAGUCGAUGAUGGUAAACAGCAUGCUGCUGGCCUUUCAAAACGUGCCCGUGACUCUGAUAUUGUUGAACACCAUCAUUCCUCAUAUAGGAAAUAUUCUUCUGGUGCUGGUCCUAGCCAGCCAUUGGGAAUGGAUAUAGGAACAGGUGCUCCGAGAGAUCUUUCUAAUCAGGGUCCUGAGUUAGCAUUUGGUUAUCCAUCAACUAGAGAUUCUACACAUGCUUCCUCCAUCAUUGCAAUGGACACUGUAUGUCAUACUCCAGGUAAUGAUUCAAUGGAAAGUGUUGAAAAUUACCCUGGAGAUUUUGAUGAUGUUCAUUUUCCAUCUACAUCAACCUUCAGAAAUACAGAUCUCAAUGAGACUUCUGAACUGAACUACAGUAACCAAGCACAACAAAGUACUUGCCCAGCUGUAAGAAGUGUUGUUGAAAUGGGCGUUAGUAGUACAAAUGAUGAAGAAGUACUGAACGCAGAUACUGCGACUGGGCAUGGGAGAAAUGCUGAAAUUCAUGGCAUUGAUGCGUCUAUCAACAGAGCUGAUAGUGUCGUCGGUGAUGUGGAGCCAAUUGCUGAAAUUACUGACAACCAAGGCCAGACUGGUGAAUUUGCUCCAGAUCCAGGGCUAAUGGGUGAUUUUGUCCCGGAAGAAAUGGACCAAGAGGAUCGUGCUGGUGAUAGUCAAGAUUUUAUGUCUCGAUCUAUAGGAAAGGCUGAUAGGGGCUCAAAAAUUUUGGGUUUCGCCAAGGAAGGAUCUAUUGAAAGUGGUGAAAAGACCAGUAACAUGCGUGCAGCACCUCAUGAGAACAGUCCAAAUUAUUCUCUUUCUUGCAAUGCCAUUUUAUAUUCUGGCUGUGAUGCAUCCAAGGAAGAAGUUACUCAGGCUGGCAAAGAUCUGACCACUGAUGACUGUAACUCAGGCUAUUUGUUUGCAAAAGGGACAGGGCCACCAAAUGGUGGAUGCAACUAUGAGGAAGUUGUUGAAUUCGAUCCAAUCAAGCAUCAUAAUCACUUCUGUCCAUGGGUGAAUGGAAAUGUUGCCGCAGCUGGCUGCAGCAGCAGCAGCGGCUCUGGUUCCAGUGCUGGUGCUCAGGCACUAUGCGGUUGGCAGCUGACACUAGAUGCUUUGGAUGCUUUCCAAUCUCUAGCACAAGUUCCAAUUGAAACCAGGGAAUCUGAAUCAGCUGCAUCCAUGCACAAGGAUGACCAUCUGACUCCUGAGACAUGGACAGCUGUUGAGGAUGCUGCCUGCAGCAGUCAUCACAGAUGA